AUGGCGAUGUAUCGGAGCGUGUUCUACGCCAGUAAACGCGGGCUCGAAGGUCCGCGGAGCACUGGCGGAAACGGAGGCGGGGAACUGGACGCGGCGGAAGGGGAGAUCGCGCGCGGAGAAGCCGGGGAUGCGGAAAGCCCGUCCGCGGCUCGGCGGUCGGCGAUUGGGAUCCGGAAAAUGCGGAGACAGCUGACGUCGACAGUGUGGAACUGGGCGUCGUCGAUGGAGGCGAUGCUGUGGCAGGGUCUGCCACAUGGCGGCGUGCAAGUGGUCUACGACAUCCGCUACGGCCCUCGUCUGCGCAACACCCUUGACAUCUACAUGCCACCAGAUCUGGCACUUGACAGCAAUGCAGCAGAAAGCAGCAACAGCAGCAGCAGCAGCAGCAGCAGCAACGAAGGAAGCAAGGGGCGGCCGGUGUUGUUUUUUGUGCACGGGGGAGUGUGGGCGAGUGGCGAGAAGUGGAUGUAUUCUCCGCUCGCGAUCCGAUUCGCUCAGUCAGGGGCGGUGGUGGUAACCAUUCAGUACACUCUCUACCCCGAGGCUCUGGCCAUAGAACAAGUAGAGGAAACGUCCAGGGCGCUCUCAUGGGCAAUGGACCACAUUCACGAGUAUGGGGGCGACCCCUCGCGCAUCUUCCUCACAGGCCACUCCUCGGGCGCCCACGUCUGCUCCAUGGUUGUGUGGCGCCGCCUCAGGUCUGCCCUCCGCCGCAUGUUCCAGGCGCAUGGAAAGGAUGUAGCAUCACCACCCACGGCUGUAGCAGAGGGCGACAGCAGCAGCAGCAGCAGCAGCAGUGGCGGUGGCGGCAGCGGCAGCAGCAACAGCAGGGAGGGUGAAUUGCCUCAUUACACCCUCAAGGGAGAGGAUCUCUGGUCUCUAGACGAGCCGGACCUCCGGCAACCCUACUGCUUCCUGGGCAUGAGUGGCGUGUACGAUAUAGCCCACCACCAGAGGCAUGAGCAGGCUCGGGGCGUGUUCGCUCUCUCUGCCAUGUCGCCUGCUAUUGGCGGGCCGGCACGGUUCGUCGCAUCCUCGCCUGCUCUGUUGUUUGACGCUCUCGCGUCCGCUGCUGCUGCUGCUGCCGCUGCUGCUGCUGAGGCUGCCGCUGCUGGUGCUGUUGGUGGCGCUGCUGCUAAUUCUGCUGUUGGUGAUGCCUCUGCUGCUGCUGCAUCGUUCGGAGCGUCAUUUGACUGCCCAAAGAGUCCUCUCCUGACUGCCACUGCUGCUCGUACUACUGCUACUGCUUCCGCACCUUCCGCCCCUUCCACCUCUGCUGCUGCUAGAAGCAGGGCGCUUGAGCAGUUAGCAGCAGUAAGCGCUGCUGCUGCUGCUUCCCUCAGGCCCUCCCUCUCUGCCGCCCUCAAAUCCGCGUCACCGCACUCGAUCGCUACGUCAGCUGGUCCGAACGCGGCGUCAGAGGGCCCAGACGCCAGCCAGCUGGUCCCCUUAUCAGGUGGUCCCCGUUCAGUGAAACCAUCAACAGACUUCGAAGCAUCCUCCUCUCAAGAGGCGGACCCCCUCUCCUCUGAUUGCUUCUCCUCCCGGUUCCUCGCCCCGUCGCCGCCCUCGCCUCUGGACAUUCUCAGGCAGGAGCUGGGAGCUGGUGUUGCUGAAUCUGUUGUGGCUGCUCUUGCCUCAGGGACCAAGGAUGGGGAGGAAGGGGAUGAAGUGGCAGAGCAGGUGUUAUCCAGUGGAGGUGCUUCUGAUGAGAUGGCUUGUGUGCGAGAUAGCCUUGAUAUUGUCACUGGGCGAGUGUCGCUGGAAGAUAUGGUGUGGCAGUAG